UGACGUUAUAACAUAUACAUACACGUACAUGUUGUUAUUUUGAACAUGGCUGCGGUGGAUUGUGAAUCAAAAGACGACAAUGCAACUAAUUUAUCGGAAACACUUGUAUUUUCGAAUGAAACAGUUAAAACGAUCGAAGAACAUGAAACAUCAGGAAUACCUUUACAAUCAUCUUGGACAUUUUGGUUAGACAAAGCUAUUUCUGGCACAACUGUUGAAGAAUAUAAAGAAAAUUUAACGAAGAUUUAUACUGUGAACACUGUACAAAGUUUUUGGGCUGUUUUCAACAAUAUACCAAGUGUUAAUGCUAUACAAGUCAGAUAUAGUUAUCAUUUAAUGAGAGACGAAAGAUAUCCAUUAUGGGAAGAACCUAUCAAUCAAAAUGGUGGAACAUGGAGACUAAAGUGCCAUAAAUCUGAUACUGAAAAAAUAUGGAAAGAAAUGGUGCUUGCAGCUAUUGGAGAACAAUUUGCGGAAUGUGUUGCAGAAGGAGAUGAAGUUUGUGGAAUAACUGUGUCUAUUAGAGACAGAGAAGACCUUGUUCAAAUAUGGAAUACAAAUGCUACUUUAGCAUCAAAAGCUACAAUUUUAAAUAAAAUCCAUUCUCUCUUACCUAAUGUAAACUUUUCUGAAUUUUAUAAACCGCAUCAAUCACAUCAUGCCUAUGGGCGCCGUUAAAAAAAAAUUAAUAUUAUUAAAAUAUUAUUUGAUAAAUAUGAAUUUAUAAAUAAAAAUUUAAUUAUAAAAAUGAAGAUCUACAUAAUUGUGUAAGAAAAAUUCUGUACAUUUAUACAUGUAAAAGUAUAUAUUUUUAAUUUGUUGAUAUUUAAUCAUUUAUUAAUGUUAGCUACAUAUGUUAAUCUUUUGUAAGAAUAUAAA